CGCUGCUUUCCGUCAAUCGUUUGAGAAUAGAACGUCAAAACGGUCAUAUCUUUGUUUUCUUUGUCAAUUGAUUGUGUUCCGUAGCGAUUUACACAUCACUCCGCUAAUCGAUUGGAUGUGAGCGAGAAAAAAAAAAUCGUGAAGUAAACAAAUUGAGUCUAUAAAUAACCCCAGUGUGCAAAGACAUUCAGUAUCGAUAAGAUCGGAAUUGGCAGUGGUUUUGUUUAGAAUUCCGCGCAAAUGAGUUACGAUGUGCUUGUUUCGAAAUUGUCGGAUGAUAAGCUCGGGACCUUCGGUGUCCCGCCGGUCGAGGAGCGCGGCAUUGAGGACGAGAUGAAAUUACAAAGGCCAGCGUCGGGCCCUGAAGCAACGACCCCGUCUCGCAAGAUUUCCGCAAAUCGUUUUAUGAGUGCAUUCACGCAAUUCUACGGGAACAAUGAAGAGUCGGACCAGCAACAGCUGCAUGCCCAUCCUUCCAGUGGCUCCUCAUCGUCAACAAGUCGAACGCCUACUCGAGGGAUGGAGACCAGGCUAAUGUCGAUGUGGAACAAUAUGCGAUAUGGGCUCAGUGGAAAAAUGAGGUCGACGUUUUCAAAAGAGCAACCUGUGUGGCUCCUGGGUAGGUGCUACCACAGAAAGUGCACGCCGCCAUCCUCUAUGGAGAGUUCGGCCGAGCUCUCCGUGUCCUUGGAGAACAAACUUAUCAUAAACGACUCGGAACCCCAUCUGUUCGACGACAACUCGAUACAGGAGUACGGAAUGGACGCGAUUGAAGGACAAAAUGCUGAAAAUCCAUGGGAGGAAGGAAUUGAAGGAUUUAAACGUGAUUUUUAUAGUCGUUUAUGGAUGACAUAUCGCCGUGAAUUUCCUAUUAUGAACGGUUCUAAUUACACCUCUGAUUGUGGAUGGGGCUGUAUGUUGAGAAGUGGACAAAUGUUACUUGCGCAAGCGUUAAUUUGUCACUUCCUUGGAAGAGGAUGGCGCUGGGAUCCGGAAACACAAAUACACUCCACAAUUGAAGAUAAUAUGCAUCGGAAAAUUAUUAGAUGGUUUGGUGAUACGUCCUCGAAAAAUAGUCCCUUUUCUAUUCACACAUUAGUAACCCUUGGGGAAGAAAUGGGGAAAAAACCUGGAGAUUGGUAUGGACCGUCAUCCGUUGCCCACCUUAUCAGGCGAGCGGUGCAAAAGGCGGCCCAAGAAAAUGCUGAUUUGGAUGAUAUAAAUGUUUAUGUGGCAAAAGACUGCACAAUUUACAUCCAAGACAUCCAAGAUGAAUGUCUUGUUGAAGAGCAGCCACCUGCUCCUUGGCAACGUCCCUUCAAACACACUGCCAAUGGGGAAACUCAAUCUCAAAACCAAAUGCGUUGGAAAGCUUUAAUCAUACUCGUGCCUGUAAGAUUGGGAGCUGACAAAUACAUCAAUUUGAACUAUGGGAAUAGUUUGAAAUCAUUACUAAGUACUGAAUAUUGCAUUGGAAUUAUUGGCGGGCGACCGAAACAUUCCUUAUAUUUCGUUGGGUUUCAAGAAGACAAACUCAUACAUCUUGAUCCACAUUAUUGCCAAGAGAUGGUUGAUGUAAAUCAGGAGAAUUUUCCGGUUCAUACAUUUCAUUGCAAAUCACCACGAAAGCUGAAAAUCAACAAGAUGGAUCCCAGCUGCUGUAUCGGAUUCUAUUGCCAGACAAGAGCAGAGUUCGAUAACUUCAUAAUAAGUGUUCAGCCAUACCUGCAUCCGGUUCGAAACUUACAGCCAACUGAUCGCCCAGCUAGUGGUAGCCCAUCAUCGCAGCAAUCUCAAGAAUUGAAUUAUCCCAUGUUUGUUUUCUCUCGUGGUCGAAACACUGACACUCACACAGAUGAGAUUGCCGAGUCGGUGUACAAGCCAUUGCACCAACAGUUGGCGCAAAUCCGUCAGCAGGUCUAUAACAACGACGACGAUGACGAAGAUGAAAGCGAAGAAUUUGUGAUACUUUAAUAGUUUUAAGUGGACGACUAUGUUUUGCUUAUACAUGGUAGAAGUGAUUUAGUUAAGUUUAUUAUGCAUUGGCAUAUAUUUACAGGUGCAAUCAUUCUUCUCUUUUUCACAAUUAGACAAGGCAAUCCUUUGCAUGUAUUAUGUAUACAAGCGAAAAAUGGGAUACUGGUCUCGUAACAAAAGUGUGAAACUAUUCCACUAAUCCAUUUACAUACAUAACGAAGAUGUUGUGUUUGCUUUUCUUCCGCGAAAAUUCCUGAGUCUGCUAAUGUUGAUAUUAAACGCUAUCAUCAGGAAACGAAACUAAUCAAAGCUCACAAAUAUGCAUUAAUGUUAGCUUUGGGAUAGGACUUUUUAUUUAACAAGAAGACUGAAUAUAUAAAGAGACUUAAUGAAAAACUCAUACACUCACUUCCAUUCUUAUUUAUUUUACGGAGUCAAUCUAGAAGUGAAUCAACUUUGAUUUUUUCUUUCAAUUUCAUUCAACAUGAAUCAAUUGCACGUGUAAAUAUUGUAAGUGUAGGCAGUAGUCUUUGGAUAAUACUUUAAUGAUAUUUAUUUACUUUAGACAUGUUAGGCGAUUAAUGGAGCAAGUGAUUUUUUGGUUAUUCUUAGUGAAUAGUUGAUUGGUUUUAUUAUGUAUAUAAUGAAAAAUGUGAAUAAUUGAGUUUCUUUUUGGAAAUUGUAACAAUUUGAGCAGGAUAUUGACAUCAAUAAAGAUACUACUGAAUCAA